AUGCCUUCGGAAGGCCGCGAAAGUCAGCUGCAAGGCAAAAAUAUCGCUGUGCUGGACGAUGAUAGUUUUCGAUCUGGUUGUUCGUGCAGUGAAGCAGGUCGGCAGAUGAACUCAGUGGCGGACGAGACACGAGGCGGGUCGGCCGCGCAGCAGCACGUGAUCACUUUGGAAAGCGGGAAAGGAGUUAUUGUGGAGCAGAUGGCCAACAAAGGCGUUUCUCCAAGGGAGAUUGUUCGCUGUCUGUUGCCGGAUAUUUCUCUGCCUGACGACCUCUCCGAUGACGAUCUCUGUCACAUCGUACAAGAAAUUUUGUGUAGCGAGCAAUUGAAACGUGCAAAACUGCCGCAGUUCAACACAUUUGAUGACGCCGUUGAGCUUUUCAGAAGGUUGCGCUGUAUUUCUCAUAAGUGCAGCCGUAUCUUGGUUUUGACAGGUGCAGGUGUUUCUGUUUCCUGUGGUAUACCGGAUUUUCGAAGUACUGGUGGGAUCUAUGCGCGGCUUCAUGUGGAAUAUCCGGAUCUUCCAGAUCCAACAGCAAUGUUCGACAUCAGAUAUUUUUCAAGAAAUCCAAAGCCAUUUUUUGAAUUUGCAAGGGUGUGUUCAUUAUGUUUCUGAUU